AUGGCGUCGGAAGACGUGAAGAGGACGAGCGAGACUGCGGUAUCGACGAUCGUGAACCUGGCGGAGGAGGCGAAGCUUGCGAGCGAAGGAGUGAAGGCGCCGACGAGCCAUGCCUUACUGAGCAUCGCCAAGUCUCUCGUCGCUGGUGGAGUCGCCGGUGGAGUGUCACGAACUGCUGUUGCUCCAUUGGAAAGAUUAAAAAUUUUGCUGCAGGUUCAAAAUCCUCAUAGCAUUAAAUACAGUGGGACAAUUCAGGGCUUGAAGUAUAUAUGGAGAACUGAGGGUCUCAGAGGCUUGUUUAAAGGCAAUGGAACUAAUUGUGCUCGCAUAGUCCCAAAUUCAGCAGUCAAAUUCUUUAGCUAUGAGGAAGCUUCUAAGGGUAUUCUAUGGUUCUACCGACAGCAAACUGGAAAUGAAGAUGCUCAACUCACACCUCUUUUACGCCUUGGAGCUGGUGCUUGUGCUGGAAUUAUUGCCAUGUCAGCAACUUACCCUAUGGACAUGGUACGAGGUCGUCUAACUGUCCAGACAGAAAGGUCUCCUCGGCAGUAUAGGGGAAUCGCUCAUGCUCUUUCAACUGUUUUUCGGGAAGAAGGCCCCAGGGCUCUGUACAGAGGCUGGCUACCUUCUGUCAUAGGAGUUGUACCUUAUGUUGGUCUCAAUUUUGCUGUUUAUGAAUCUCUGAAAGACUGGUUGAUCAAAACUAGACCUUUUGGUUUAGUUGAGGACUCUGAGUUGAGUGUAACAACAAGGCUUGCAUGUGGGGCCGCUGCUGGAACUGUUGGCCAGACAGUUGCUUACCCUCUUGAUGUCAUCCGGAGAAGGAUGCAGAUGGUAGGCUGGAAGGAUGCUGCUUCGGUUGUCGUUGGUGAUGGGAAGAGCAAGGCACCCCUCGAAUAUACUGGAAUGGUUGAUGCAUUCAGGAAAACAGUCCGUCAUGAGGGGUUUGGAGCACUGUACAAGGGUUUGGUCCCUAAUUCUGUUAAGGUGGUGCCGUCCAUAGCAAUUGCGUUUGUCACAUACGAGGUAGUGAAGGACGUUCUUGGAGUUGAGAUGAGGAUAUCUGACUAA